UAAAUUGUCAGUUGUGUUCAGUCUGAUUACACGUAGAUGAGGCUGCUCUCUGACCCAGUGAAUUUUCUCCAUAGUAUUUCAUUAGGAAAGGAGAUAGCCCUUGUGUAUUUGUUUCCAUUGCAACAGGUAGGUAGCGGAUGACUAUGGAAGGGCCCAGUGGUAGCUUCCCGCAGAUUGACAUGAGCAACAAGCUGAUCAUCAAAGCCCAGCUAGGGGAUGACAUCAGGAGGAUACCUAUUCACAAUGAGGACAUCACCUAUGAUGAGUUAGUCCUGAUGAUGCAGAGGGUCUACCGAGGCAAACUCAAUCCAAGUGAUGAAGUCGUCAUUAAGUAUAAAGAUGAAGAUGGUGAUCUGAUUACAAUUUUUGAUAGCACAGAUCUUUCAUUUGCAAUCCAGUGCAGUCGAAUUCUGAAAAUCACAUUGUUUGUCAAUGGUCAGCCGAGACCAAUCGAGAGUGACCAGUUGAAGAACCUGAGGCGAGAGCUGCAGUCGAUACGGAACCAAGUCAACUUUCUGCUGGAUUCUUUGGAGCCCCGUGUACCCAUCGAGAAACCUGAAGGUACUUGUAAGCCCCCUGAACGAUCAAAGAAAAGAACCAAAGAGAAUACAUCCGAGGAACAAGCCGAAGCAAAGCCAGCCGUCAGCACAGCUCAGACUGCCAUGUUUGAUCCAUACAAACAGCAAGCCCCAAACCCAGCUGUCAUCAGUAGCUUCGGUAUUGACAAAGAUGAAGCAACAGAGAGGCCAGCCUCGCCUGCUGACAGCGUCUCAAGUCGGAGCUCUAACAUCGGUCAACAACAGCAGAGGCAGCAGCCCCCUGCCAACCAAGCAGGUGCACCACCCCACCCCCAGGCUAGUGCCCCUGGGGUCACACAGGGCAUGUCACCAGCUCACUCGCCCCGCCCUGCCCCCCAGCAGCCCGGAAUACCCCAGCAGCAACAACAACAGCAACAGCAGCAGCAGCAGGCUUAUGCUCCCCAAUCGACAAGCCAAGCCACUGCACCAGGGCUGUUUGGUGCUCCUCCUACUUCCAUAGGAUACCUGCCAGGUAACAUGCCCCAGCCCACGCAACAACAACCACAGCCGCAACCACCUGUUUCUCAAGGCUACAACCAGCCACAAGCCCCCUUCAGUGGUCAACAAGAACAGCCACAACAACAGCAGCCACAAGGCUACUACCCACCUCAACCACAGCAACCUGGGUAUACUCCUCAGCAACAACAGCAACAGCAACCUGCUCCUUAUAGUGCAUACCAGCAGCAACCAGGCCAGCAGCCAGGGCAGCAACCUGUACCGCAACCUGCUGUACAGCAACCUGUACAGCAGCCCGGGGGGCAACAACCGUACCCAACGCCAGCCGGUGGGCCCGGAGCGCCUGGAGGGCCUGGCAACCCCUACGCUAGGAACACCCCCUAUGGCAGGCCCAGCACGUACCAGCAGCCGGGAUUAGGCUAUAAAUGAGUGUCGCCCAUGGGUGAAGAGCCUGAUAGAAACAUGGAGAGAAGCUGAGAAGCAUAUUUUUUUUUCUCAUCCCAAUGGUUGAUUGGCUACCCUCAUCUCAGUAAUUUGAUAACUAGAAUGAUAAAUCGGUCUAAGUAGAAAAUGUAAUGCUCAUGGGUCUUCAGCAUUGGUUAUCUUGGAUCCAAUUCUUUUUCUCCAUUUUAUUGUUAGAAAAAUAUGGAUAUGUGGCUUGCCCAUUUGUCUUUUCUGAUAAUUAACUUCUCAAAUUAACAAAUAGUAGAAUCUGUAAUAAUGAACAUGAAAUUGUAAUGAAUAUCUUCCAGAUUCUUGAAAAUUCAUUAUAAAAAAUGUAAUUCCUUUCACCAUGAUUACAAUAUAUUUCUUUUUGAAAUUUGAAGGGGGUAAUACAUCCCCAUUUAGUCAAAGAGUUGAUCUUAUUACUCAGAACCUGAUCACUUAGUGUAAGAGACAUAAAAUGAUGCUUACCGAACAUGUCUCUGGUGACCUUGGCCUCAAGGCCCAUUCACACAUCACCCUGUAAUCAAUGCUCGAUCAAAAUAAUACCAUUUUUUGUUUUGGUUUGUACGAAUGAACUAGAAGCAGGAUGUGUCAAAAAGGACAUGUAUCUAUGUGUAACAAAGGCCCCUAAGCAUAGCUAUGUGUUAGUCCACUUCAUGCAUACUACGCCUAGGCUAUGUCGCUUUAUGUGGGUAAGACAUAUCGUCCCUAUUUUCACGAAGUGACGGUAGUGAGGAAAAUCCGCACGCAAAUUGUAUGCGAUUUUCAUUCACUACCGUCACUUCGUGAAAAUAGGGACGAUAUGUUGUACUUUUUGAGGCAGUUUACCGCAUUAUAUGGGAAUGAGGCUUGAGUGACCAAACAUGAGAUAUGGUUCGUGAGGAAGAAUGCCAUAAGUCUAAAGGUGUAGAGCAAACUUUACCGUUUGUUUUUCGACCGCAUUAUUGUCUUGGUGAUAUUCUGUCAAUAUAUAUUAAAGAACGUCUACAAAUAUUUUGGUCUUGCAGAUGGUCGGUUUCAUGAACCUUCAAAAUACAAGGAAAUCUGCGGGACCAAACUCAUUGAUCUUGCAGCCUGUGGUUAACUCUGCUAUGCCGUGAGAGAGAGAAUACCAAAAUCUGUCAAAUUCCAGAGUUUAAUUAUGCUUCUCUCCUGUUUCCAUGUUUCUCUUAGAUUCCUCUCUUUCUCCCUAGUUUGUACAGAAAUUCACAGAUAAGUCUCAUGACAGUAUAUUGUUCACUAUUUUGUUGUAUAAAAUGACCAAUCUAGCCAAAAUUGGAAUGAUUAUAAUAUAUGUGUGUAUGUAGAUAAGGGGAAUGCUAAUGCAAUGUAGAGGUUCAUUAGAUAAGCAGAAAUGUAGCUGUGCUUUAUUUUAGAAAUGACUUGUAGAAGCUUGAAUACGUCCAGUUUGCAUACUUUUUAUAUGACAUGGUCAUUGUUGGUUGCCCCGAUCGGAUGAAGAGUGUAUAUGUAUAUUCAUUAUUCAAUGAUGAGAAAAUAUGAGUUCCAAAAUUCCAAUGAUUUACAUGAUCAUUACAUUUAUUAUACAUCAACAUUUUAGUGAUUAUGUUACCCAAGAUAUACAUUUACCCAAUUUAAGAAUGAUACUUGUACUUACUGGGAUGUAAUUGAAUUUCUUUUAUAAACAGCUGGGGCUGAACUUACGGUGUAAAGCUUAAAAAAAUUAAAAUCAGGGAAGAAUGAUAAUUAUAUUAAUUAUGAUGUUGAUUUGUAUACUUUAAGUGUGUUUGCCUGUAUGAUCCUGCAAAUCAAAUAUUACCUGGAUGCUUGGUCAUUACUUUUUAUCGGUUUCUAGCUCUGUAGCAUGUUGUCUCUCCUGAUACAGUAUGCUGAUAACAUGCAUAAUGCUGUCAGGAAAUCAUAAGAAAUGAUGUUCUGAUCCAUACCACAGCUCUAAGUCGACAAUUGCCACUCACAAACCAGGUAGGGAGAAAUUCAUGGAUAGCCCCAGCACUUUAUCAAGGCAGCAUCCAUGAAGAGCCCCCCCCCCCCCCACAAUAUAAAUAUUUGAAUUGAAAUUAAAAAUAAUCAUACCCCUCUAAGUAAGAGACUAGAUAUAUGGUGCAAUAUUAGUGCAUUAUAUUAUUUCAUGAAAUGGGUCCUAGAAUGUACGCAAUCUAAUUGGUCAAAUGAAAACAUGUGACUGUGUAUCAUUCUUUCUUACCCCACCUAUAAUGCAAAAAGGUUCCCAGCACUAAAAAUGAUAAUGCACAGCAUAUCUCUGGUUUGUAAAAGAUUAAAAUGCAAUGAACUGCACUUUAUGUGAAUACAAUUUCCAAAUAAUGUUGUUAUUGUUGUUUGUAGUUGGUUAUAACAACUCUUCUACUGCAUGAUAGCCAAUAUAAUUUAGAAUUCUUAUCAGCCAGUUUAUCUCCCAAGUGAAAGUCUCUACUUUUAAGGAAUGUGUCAUAGAGAGGAUAUCAUUAAGUAGAAGAUUUUGAUUUUUAUCACUGGGUAGUUGGUUAGUCGAACAGAAAUGAUGGAAUGUGUCUGAAGAGGCCAAAAUGCAGAGGUAUUCGUUUAUACAAUUUAAACUGAUUUGUGUAUGUGGUCUUUGUGCAUGUUAUGUGUAUCAUGUAUCAUUCUUAAAUAAAUAACGGGGAAAUAGCA